GAUUAUACAGGUGCAAUUGCUUAUCUUGAAUUUUGUCGUCAAAGUGAAAAAGAAGUAAAAGAUCUUGAUCUUUGGCUAGCAUUUGCAGCAUUUCAUGCUGGUGAUUAUCAACGAGCAAGUGAUAAACAUAAUGCUAUAAUUCAGCAAUUCUCAUUAAUCGACUGGUCCGGUAAACCUUUGAAAUUGGAAGUAAACAACAAAUAUGACUAUAUGACUUUAGUGACAACUGAAAGCUGGGCAACGUUAAUUAAAAAUAUACUGAUUGCAGCUAUUAAGCCAAAAUGUAUUCCAAUUAAAUUAAAAAUUGAAACUGUUAAAGAUGAAAUUAAUCGUACGAUUAUAUCAGCGGAUAAUAUUAAACAAAUUCAUUAUGCGUAUCAACAAUUUAUAAUCAUUGGUUAUCUAUUACAUCCUUCUUAUCUGCAUAUCGAAUGA